GUGCAUUCAAAUUUAUAUGUAUCAUAUCAAGCAAAAACCUCUGAAAAGCCACUUCAUCAAAUUGUAAAUAGAUUAAAGGAGGAACAAGACUGAGGUAGCAACCAAAAAAAAAUUUUUUUCCAUAAAUUCAUAUCUCAGGCUCGGUUGUGAAAGAGGUAGAGUUUGAAUCUUUUAUAAUUUCUUCUGAAAAACCCAAUAACUACUUUGUUUUAAAAAAUGACAGAAUAAGUAUUAUUGAGAAUACAUAUUUGGGUUGAAAAUAACAAAAUAAUGAUGACGUGCAGAUAUUUCACCAAACACACGAAUUUAUUUUCCAUACCGUGUGAAUCUUCCGCAGUUGUAAUAUUUUCAGUGAGUUUGAAGGAUUUAAGUGGGCCUAUUAAUGUUGAGUUGGUGAAAGACGAAAUUUUCAGUAAAUGCUUACAAUUUCUGAGCUCCGAAGAUAGCAUUAUUAUAAUGAAAUUGCUGCAUUUAUAAUUUGUAUUACAAAUAUUGACACUUAAUUCUUAUUAAAAUUUCGCCAAAACUAUAAAAGAUAACAAAAUCGUCAAAAUAAGGAUAUUCCAAAUCCCAGCGCUAUAUUUAAUUCAUUGAUAAAGACCCAUUGUCUAAUAGAAGUUUUCUUAAAAAUAUGAGUAAAUCUGGAUAUUAAUAAAAUUAUUUUCUAAUUAAAAUGAGUAAAGGGAAUCAUUAGCAACAUGAUAAACAUUGAUGAAACUUAAAUUAGUUUUCUUUAAUUUGGCCCAUUCCACUUGCUCAGAAGCUAGGUAUCUCAUUAUGUAUGGCUUAUAUGUAGGGAAUUAUCUGUCUGUAUAAUUUCCAGAUUCAUUACUAUGUCUUAUGCGGUGGUAAAAUUUAUUGAGGAUGGCGUAAUCAGUCAUGUCCAAAUGAGCUGGCUGAAUGCAUCACAGACAGAAUGUUUGUGGCCACCUAACAACCCCAAAAAUGUAACGCAUCUAAUAAAGAGGAAAACUGCUACUGGCAAACACUGGUGUGCCCAUAAAAUCGUAGUGGAUGGAAUAUAUGGUAAAUAAUGUAUCUGUUAUAUUAUAAUGGCUAUGAUGUAUCUCAUGAUCACUGCCUCAUACAAACAUACACAUUUUUCAGAUUCACUAGAGACUGCUAUCAGGAAAGCAGGAGAUGCGGAAUAUACAUCUAAUGAUGAGGAGAAAGGAAGAGGCAAAAGAAAGAAAAAAUUUCGCCAGCCUUCCACUAGCCCAUCUACAGAUGAUAGAGAAGGUGGGUAUAAGUCAAUGUUUCAAGAGGAUUCAGUUGACUCACUUGAGUUUUUCUUGACGUUUGUAGACAGUAUUUCGCCUCCACCCAAAUUGGAUAUUGAGCAGGCUGAAAUCAUAUGGGAGCAGCCAUGUGAGGAAUUAUCCGAAGCACUGAACCUAGAUGUUGACAUCAACUCAGGUAAUAACUUGACUCAAAAUAUGCUAUGCAGAACAUUGAAUAACCUAUGUUUAUUUAUAGUGGUAACACCUUUUGCAAAAGGAGAAGAUGUCAUCUCAGAAGUGUUUCAGAGUUCAGAAUAUUCUGUCACGAGUGAAUCACAUACACCUUCAUCAGGUAUUCAUAUUCUUGAGCAGCUUGCUAAUUGGGUUUUAUUUUGUCAUAUGAUUAAUAUGCUUUUUUCUUUCCAUUGUAGAAUUAGACAAGGGGAACAUUGAAAUGAAAAUUGGCAAGAAAAGAGUUAUUAUGCACCUAUUCAUGAGAUUCUAACAUCAUUUUUAUAGAUAAACUAUUGGCAAUGAUGUCAAAUGUCAUGCUACAGAUUGAGUACUUUCAAGAAAAAUUCAAAAAUAUGGAAAUAAGUAGGUAACCUUAAAAUAAUUGGAAGUUUUUUGAGGAGAAUCUUCCUUGUGAUUCGCUGGAAGAUGUUCGAAAAAUUGACUCCUAUUUAGGGUCAGAGGAA